AUGACGGCAUCCUGCAGACCUACGUAAGCUCUGAUGAAUUUUCAAAAAACGACUCAUUCAGCUUUUUUCAGCAUGAACGAGGCGCCACUCCUUUCCGGCCCUGAUUUGUGGGUUCAAGUUUUUCAAAGUUGUUAAAAAUUACCCCUCUGGAAAUUUAGACGGGGUUUGAACAUGGAACAAGAAUUCUCUCCCAAAUUCAUUUACAGGGUUGUGCCUAGUUAUUGGGCGGCCUUCAAAACGUUAUAUACGAAAAACUGACCCUGCUUUUUUCUCGGUCGUGUCAUAAGUAUUGCAUGCGUAACAGUCUUUUUCAGUCUGGGCGUUGUAAAAAGGUGCAGAACUUUCUUUAGAGUACCUAGAAUUGAUCGCAGCGUGAGACCUAAUCGAGAAAAUUGUUUUGUGCUCCAGAAUAGUAUCGAUAUAUGUAUACCUUCAUCUUGGCUCCAUCACCAACUUGAACUUGCGGAAUCUCGCCCUUUUGGCAAAUAGAUGCCGAGUCCAUGAAUUUAUCCUACUGCAAUGUUUCACGUACGGUCUAGCCCGCUUCUUUAGUUGCUUGAAAGUCUUCGGCAAGUACAAAGAAAUUUUGGAGGAUUCAAACCUUUUAAAAGCGAUACAGAAAUUUUUUUCAUGUUCUAGAAUCAGGGGUCCUAAAGUACACGUCAGCAAAGUUUCAGCAAAAGUUCAACCGGGGGGUAAAAAAGGUUCCCUGGUAAAUAGUAACAGAGAUGAAAUAGGGGAUAUAUGUCACAUUAUUGGAGGUGAAAAAAAUCAAUAACUUAUUAUAAAAUUUUUUUGUGAAGCAUGUGCGGUGUGAAAUGUAGAAGUAUAUAAAAUGAAGCGAUAAGAAGAACAAAUUUAGGUGUAAAGAUAAAGGGCGUCAGAUCAGCUAUACUUUCAUUUUCACAUCACAUAAAACUCCCAUAUGAAUAAUUCCGAUAAUCAAAAUUUCUUGUUAACAAUUAGUUUCACCCUAUUAAAAUUUCUCAGUUUUUUUUCCGUUUCUCCGAUCUUCCAAUUUUGAAAUGUCGAAAAAUUUGAAUUUUGGCGAACCAGUUUCCGACUAACAAAAAGAAUUUCGGGGCUUUCGAGGAAUCAAAAAAGAAUAGGAUCCCAGGGAAACGUUGAAGAAUUUUUAAUGUUUCUGGGAACGGCGAUAGGGAAUGCACUGCAUUUAUUCCGCCAUUUUUUUUUCGUUUCUCUUCGCGAAAUGCAAUUCUCAAUGUCUUUUUUGAAUCAUCCGCAGAAUUUGAAAACUUUUUUUUGAAAAAGAAUGUGGGGCGAUUUGAAUGAAAGGGGCCAUUGUUAGGUCUCGAAUGUAUCAUCCAGAGCGCAUUUCAUCUCACUUGGAAAAAGCGUUAGGACCUGAUUGCUGCCUCGAAAAUGUCUGUUUCUCUAGUUGGGUGCAACUCUUCUGUUCCCAGGUCUCAUUAAUUAACUUAUCUUUUUUCCCUCGGACAUAUGGCGGGAAGGCAGCAAGUCAUCUCUUGUUUCAAGUAUUUUUUCCCAUCGAGAGAAAUUUCUAGUACUUUGCCUAAAAUAACCUGACGUAAUCUCUGCGAAUGAACCUUCCGAUUCAGGCAGAUGAGAGCCGGAUUCCGACAGCGUUAUUUCCUGCUUCUUUUGAUUGCGGUCUUCCUAUUUAUAACUUUUCUUACCGAAUAUUACGGGAAUUAUUUCAAUAUGGUUCGUGUUUUGUUUUAUUCAGCUCGAACUCUUCAAUUUUAUUGUUAUCAAGUUACUUUCCUCGGAAGCUUCUAGUUUUGGAAACGUGAAAAGUUGUAUCUCAAAUCUCGAAAAAUGCACCGCAAGCCAACGAUUUUCCAGCAAUUUUUGAGAGAAGUCCAAAAUUUCAGGUAGAAAAUAAUUUGAUUAUGAAUAAUUUCGAGACAGUUUGACACAUUGUUUAUGCCUUCGAAUCCACUUUUUGCAGGCUUUCACAGAUUCUGAAAAAUACGAUUACUACAUUGACCUAGAAGGUAUUAGUCAAGUCCCGUUUAAUCAGUUUUUUAUCAGCUUUGAAGUACAUUGCAGGGAACGAAGACUGUGCCUGUCCUUCAAGUUCUCCCGGAAAAUACUACGAUUUCUGCUACAGACUUCCUGAGGUGAUGAGAUAAAUAUUUUCACAAAAAAUAUUAAUUUAGAACAGGACGGUGCAUGGAUUCCGAUUCAACUGUUCUUUCGUUGAAAUUGUCGAGCGACUAGGUUUUUUGAAGAAAAAUAUUAAAAUUGAUGGAUAAAAACUCAGGGCUGUUACCUGACUCAACAAAUCUAACACAUAGGCUAAUUAACUUGAAAAAAGAAGAUAUGCCUCCACCAGUUUUUGUGACGGCGUUUUCCGAAAACCAUGCCAGAGAAGGAAGGAAAUCGGUUGGUUCUUCCUGUGAAAAAAACCAAAAUUUUACAAAUUUAUUUUUCAGAUUGAGCGCAUUCGUUACAUUUGGCCACAGCAAAAAAUCAUUCUUUACGAUUUGGGAAUUACUGAAGCGUUAUCUCAAUUCGUGGUGAGACCAUUUUAUGGUAGAAACUGAAAAAAAAGUCUUGCAAAAAGUAGAUUUUGGAUAGUAUCUCUGAGAAGCUUGCUUGGUUAUCAACGUGUUUCAGAAGUUGAAUCAGCUUUUUUUUUUGCAUUUUGGGCAUUAUCCUCUGCUUUUUCUAGCAUGGCUUCCGGAAAUUCCUGAAGUUUUUUUUCAAGCCUCCUCGAAAUAGUUAAAAAAAAACAAUUGAAAUAUUGAUCGUCAGUUGACGAAUUCUCAAAAAUUAUGUAAAAAACUGCAUCGUUUUCCAAUUUCUUUCUUCCAAAUCUUCAUUGCCAUCUAAAAAAUUUGCCAAGGAAAAAAGUCAUAACCAUGAUGUUGCAGAAAAUUCCAAACCUUGAAAUACGCCGCUUUAACUUCUCUCAAUACCCAUCUUAUUUCUCGAAACUGACCGAAUUUCGCUGGAAGCCCAUAAUCAUCGCCGUACGUUCUCUUUUCCCUCAGAAAUUAAAAACUAACACCUUCUCUCGGUCAUAGAAGACGCUAGCGGAAUUCGGCGCCAUCUGGUACUUGGACAGCUCGAUAGUCUUCAAGAAGAACGAUUUGUCGCACGUCUACGAUUUAGUUAGGUGUCAUAGAAACGUUAGCAAAAGGUCUGAAUCGGUUUGGGAAACUUCGGAUGAGGUUUCAGUUCAGAGUCAACCCGAAGCUUGCAUCAGUGACUGAGGGAACAACGACGCUUGAAAACGGUUGGAACCGCGAAAGGUGGGAUCAGAACGUCAGAGAAUGUCGAAAGGUAUUUACGAAAAUAUUGCAUCAGGGAAACUCUGAAUCUCAGUCAGCCUACCUUCUGCAUGGUUUCUCUGGACACGGGAUUUAUCCAGCAACGAAUCCAGGUACAAAAACCUAUUGGAAAAGUCCAAGUCGAAAUUUCGAGGUGUCUACAAAUGGAUCCCAACCAACAUGGCUGAGCUCCGCAAGGGAAGCGCGGGAAUGUACGAUGCCGGCUUCGUUUUUGCCGUUUGGACCAGAGAAACGAUAGAAAACAUACUUCUGUGGUAGUGAACACAAAACAAGAAUCAUAUCUUUUUGAAUUUGAGGUAUGUUCUUUGCGCACUACAAGAACGCUGCAUGGCGCCGCGAGGAGCCACAUUAGGUUGCAGUUUUAAGAAUGAUAGAUACGCAGAAUACGCAGAUUGUCAUCGGUUAGUGAAGCAAAUAACUUUUGGAGAAAAAAUGUUCUUAUUUCAGAUACGAUCAAUCGGUGGUGAACCUGCUCGCCGCCAAUUCCUACCAGUAUGAAAGGCGUAAUUAUGUCAGUGAAAUAGUUGAUUUUUUCGAUAUUGAACGGGGUUUUGACUAA